CACAUGUAAUUUCCAUAGCAACACAACGAGUUAUCAAAAAACACACUUCCUGCUGUCAAUCAAAGUGCACACACACACACACAAAUGCGCAGCCAUACGUGGAGAGCAUUUCAUUAGCGUCACUCGAGUGUCACCAUCAGCAUGAAGCUCUUCUUCUUCGUUGUCCUCCUCUGCGCCAACUUCAACGUAGUUACGGCCGUGUAUGGUUGCCAUACCGACCGGGAUACGUACCACCGUGUGCGGCUCAACUGCACAGCGGCCGGUCUCAACGGCCUUCCUAUGGAUCUCGAACGCACCACUGAGGUUCUCUUGUUCCCCAGGAACCAGUUUUCCAGCCUACCCUGGGAAUCCUACCAGAUCUUCAGCAAGCUCUACGAACUGGACCUGACAGGCAACGAGCUGGGUCAGGUGAUGGUGAGCACCACGCCGCUUCUGCCUGGGCUCAGUGUCCUCAGACUGGGCCGCAACCGCCUCACAUCUCUGGCCGGCGGGGCCUUCUCGGCUUGCCUCGCCCUGACACAGCUCUACCUGGAAGACAACGCCAUCGAGUCUCUGAGCGACGACACAUUUGCCGGACUCAGCAAGUUGGAGGUUAGCUGUCAACACACUCGACUUCUUCAAAGAAAAUCCCUUUCGUUUUCUGUUCUUCCACAUCGUUCCUUUCAGGUCCUCGACCUGAAGUCCAAUCGCAUCAGGGUUCUCCCGCCGCUCUUGCUCCGCCCCCUGGUUGCCAUAGAAACACUCUACCUAGAAACCAAUCAGAUCAGCGAGGUACCGGACGAUUGGUUCAACCCGAGAGAAGACGUGCCCUACCUGUACCUCUCCGACAACCCGUGGGCGUGUUCCUGCAGCCUGAUGUAUCUAUACACGUACUUGCAAGACUUCUAUUUCAACUUCUACGUGCGCGAUGGGAAGAUCAUCUCGAGAGAGCCACAGAGUUUGGUGUGCCAGUCGCCGCAGCAAUCUAAAGGUCGAGCGAUCAUCCAACUGAACCUGGAUGACUUCUGUCAUCCUACGCUGCCGCAGACUGCCACCACCUCCACCACCACCACCACCACCACCACCUCCACCACCACCACCACCACCACCACCACCCUAGCGCCCAGCCCCACCUUCAGGGUCACCGAGGGUCCAGAUGAGGAGAGUGAGGAGAGCAGAGGCGAUGGGGCCAUUUUUGGGCCGCUUGCAAUGACUACUUCCAGCACUUCACUUCCUGACCACUCUAGCCCCACAACCGCCCUGUCCAGCUUUACGACUUCGACCGCAUCACUUCCUACGACCGAGUCACUUCCGACAACUCAAAUGGCGUCGCUUCCUGCUACUACAGAGUCACUUCCGAUCACUCCGACGGCAUAUCUUCCUUCUGCUUCCACAGCUGUAACUGCCACCAGCUUUCAGGUUCCACGGACAUGGGGAUGGGACGAAGGUGGCGCCACGCCCCUCCGCCACGUGCCAGGCACCGGUGUGUUUUGUGUGUGGUUGUUCGCCGGUAUCGCAUGUCUGUGUGCAAUGGGGGCGGUGAGUUCCCUCAUGACUGUCAUUCGACUGGUGGUCUUGUACAGGGCAGCGUACAAGCCACUGAGCGCGGUGAGCGGGGGCAGAUCCCGCCAGGUGAGGCUCUACGGCGGCACUACAGCGGUUUAUCGUUCAGUUCUCUUUGUGAGCCGCGAAGAGGAGGGUGAUGGUCCAAGGCAGGUGUACAGGACAUCCCUGCACCGUACGCCCGGGACACAGGUGGCCCUGCAGCAAUGGAGUGAUGUGUUGGGAGAACGUCAGAACGGCGAGGGGGGUGCGGGGUGGAGGCAGCGCUUUAGCGUGCUUCUGCGGCAGGAGAGGGAGGGGCCAGACGGCAGGAGAGAGGAGCGAGAUUGGGUGGUGGGUGCUUGGCUAGCGCAAAACCUACCCAGCGUGACCGCUGACUGUCAGCCCUCCCACUGAGGUCCUCACUUUGAUUCCUGUUUGCAAAGUAACGCUAACAAGGUUUUCUUUCAAAGUUUUAAUUUUUAGAACCCAGAGCCCAAUGCGUUUGCGCACGCGUGCUCACAAGGCCAAGAAUGAUUUCUGGGAAUUGUGUAACUUUUUAGUCAAUAUUUAUACAUUUAGAUUCAUUUAUAUUCACUGUCAAAUCAGCCUCCGGUACGAAGUUUCGUACGGGUAGGACAUUUUGGCAAAACAUCGGAGUGACUCCUGAUGUUGCUCGUAUUAACCUUUGUCCUUUCCCUCGGUUUUAAGAUCAUGACAAUAAAUGUGUUGAAGAAAUAUACAAUUUUAGUGUAUUUAUUUUUCAUUCGUCUGAAGCUUUCUUCUAUCAGGAAACUGUGAAGUGCUUUGUGAUGUUUGUUUACUUAUUUGUAAUCUUAUUAAAGUAGCA